UCUUCUCUUCCUUAAAACACAUUUAAAUGUUCUCUUUUUCUCUGUCCUAAAGUUACUUUAAUUUUUCAAGAUUUUCCAUUUUUUGGAUACCCAAUUGAGAAAUAUUUAGUGGGUAGUAAAGAUUUUUUGAUUUAAGAUAUGUUGUUGAUUGAUUUGGAGGGUAUCAAGUCCAUGUGUAUUUGCUUCUUUUAACUUUUGCAGGUUUAAGAUCUUCCCGGCAUCCAAUAUAGUUUGUGUAAAUACUGUGGCGAAAUGCAGGAUAAUGCAAGUUCGAUGAUCAAUCCUGCUGCUUCAUUACAAAGCAUAAACAGCUCUAGCUCAUGUUGCAGUGACCUUUCUGUUGAUGCAAACUCAGAUGUGAGGGUAUAUGUUGAUGAAUGUAGUACAGACAGCAGUCAAGAGGAUCCUAUUUCUACUAUAGGAAGGGAUGCAGAACAAACGAGAACUGGUAAUUCUGAGGAACCCAAAGAUAGUAGAAAUGAAAGAGAUAACGAUGAUGAAGCUGGAACCUCUUGUAAUGAUGAAUUUGAUGCCCAGUUCUGGCUGCCCCCACAACCAGAAGACCAUGAUGAUGAUAUUGAGGGCAGUGUGGCUAAUUAUGAUGAUGACGACGAAUGUGGUGAUGGCCGGAAUUGGGGUAGGACAGCUUCUUUAAUCAGCUUUGGCGAAGAAGACUUUGGUUGUUAUAAGUUUAAAGAGGAAAGGCAAAAGGCAUUACAGGAAGUAAUGAAUGGGAAACUUAAGGCCUUUGUUACUGACUACCUUAAAUCUGUUGGUGUCGCCACUUCGGUGAAAGAAGGUGAUAAUUGGGUUGAUAUAAUCACUUCCUUGUCAUGGGAGGCUGCUUCGUUUGUGAAGCCUGAUGCAACAGAAGGAAAGAUGAAUCCUAUUGAAUAUGUGAAGAUAAAAUGCAUUUCAACUGGUUCUCGCAGCCAAAGUCGUUUUGUCAGAGGCUUGGUUUUUAAAAAGCAUGCUGCGCACAAACACAUGCCAACCAAGUACGAUAAACCUAGGUUGCUGUUGAUCCAGAGUGCACUGGGGCUCUCCAAAAAAAGUGAGCUGUCAUCAUUGAAGGAGUCCCAGCAACAGGAGAAAGAUAGUGUGAAAUCUAUCAUCGAUAUGAUAGAAAGGUACCAACCGAAUGUGGUUUUAGUGGAGAAUGCUGUUUCUCGUGACAUACAGGAGUCUAUUUUGAAGAAAGGAGUAACCUUAGUCUUUGAUAUGAAACAACAUCGCUUGGAGAAAGUUGCUCGUUGCACAGGUUCAUUAUCUGCCGAUAUAUUGGUUGGCCGAAAGCUCAGGCAGUGUGAUUCCUUUCAUUUCGAAAAAUUUGUAGAAGAACAUUCUGCUUCUGGAGAUGCUGGGAAAAAGCCUAGCAAAACAUUGAUGUUUAUUGAGGGCUGUCCUACUCGUCUGGGAUGUACAAUUUUGUUAAUGGGAUCAAACAGUGAUGAAUUGAAGAAGAUUAAACAUGUAGUCAAAUAUGCGAUCAUCGUGGCAUACAAUUUAAUCCUAGAGACUUCGUUCCUUCUGGAUCAAAAAGCAAUGUUGUCAACUCUUCCUCUUAGCCAGGAGGUGAAUCUAACACUUGGUAAUGAAACACCAUCUGUUAGUGAUGGGCAAGGAAUUAUCUCUAAUGCUGAGGAGCAUGUUGGUGAGACCAGUUCAUCCUGUACAGUUGAUAUUCCAAUAUCCAAUGGCUUCCAUGAAGAAAUAAGUCAUAAGUUAGACGAAGAAAGCGAAUCUCUAUUAUUUGAGCCAUACAACCCAGUCGUUCUCUCUGGAUUAUCGUCUAUCUCAUCCUCUGUGAGAAGGAUUAUGGGGGAUAAAUUUCCUCUCUUCUCCACCUCUCGUCAAUCCAUGGCCUCGUAUCUCAGUUUGAACGGAGCCACGAAAGAUAAUCAGGUCCAAGCUGAUGUUCAAGUUUCUAAUGUGCCUGAUUUAAUACAUAGUGAUGUAGAACAAAAGGCGAGUUCUGAUGACGUAAAUGCCCCUGAAAAGGAGCAAGACGAUACCCUACUUGUGAGCCAGGUAGAAUCUUUGGAAUUAGAGGGAUCUGGUGAAAAGCUUGAAGACCAAGAACAUAUGAAGGAUGGCAUGGCAUCAUUGUUGGAUUCUGAGAGUAUUUUGAUUCUGAUGUCCCGUCGGAAUGCUUCAAGAGGGACUAUGUGUGAGCAUAAUCGUUUUUCUCGGAUCAAGUUCUAUCAAGAUUUUGAUAUUCCCCUUGAAAAGUUUUUGCAGGAUAAUUUGCUUAAUCAGAAGGAGUGCAAGACCUGUGGUGAAUCCCCUGAAGCUCACAUAUUUCAUUAUGCACAUCACAACAAGCUCCUUACGAUUCAAGUUCGGUGUCUUCCCGUGGACAAGGGCCUGCGAGGUGAAAAUGAAGGCAAACUCUGGAUGUGGAGUCGUUGCUGUAAAUGCAAAUCCCAGAAUGGAAGCUCAGUAUCCACUAAAAGAGUGUUAAUAUCUAAUGGCUCGCGUGGGUUUUCUUUUGGAAAAUUUUUGGAGCUCAGUUUCUCAAAUUCCUCUCUUUUUAGUAGACUGUCUGCCUGUGGUCACUCCUUUGAUAAGGAUUUCCUCUACUUCUUUGGAUUAGGGCGAAUGGUUGCAAUGUUCAAGUACUCUACUGUUAGAACUUAUUCCGUGUAUCUUCCUCCCAAGAAGCUGGAAUUUAGCAGUUCCAUCAAAGGAGAAUUUCUUAAGCAGGAGUUCAAUGAUGUGCACUUGAAAGGGAUGAUGAUGUUUCAUGAUGUAGAAAAAACUCUGAAGGCAGUAGAGUCUCGUGUUGGAUCAGUGCUAAAUCUUCAAGGAUCAACUAAGGAAUUUUCUGAAAUUGAAAACAUGUUGAAGGAAGAGAGAUCUCAGUUUGAGGUUGACAUACAAAAUGCCGUUAAGGAUCCGGUUCAGGAUGUCGUGGUAUAUAAACUUCUAAGCUUGAAUAGAAUACGACUAGAGCUUCUGCUUGAGUCGUGUGUGUGGGACCGCCGUCUUCAUUCAUUACUAUCUUCUUGUUAUAUGGAUGGUGAUCCCAAAGCCAUUAACCCAAAGCAAUCAACACUGCCAGAUAUUGAACCUAUUAGCCACAAGGAGCAACAAGGAAAGUGCAUUGUUGAAGGAGAUGCUAAUGGGGCAGAAGCAAAUCUGGGAGGAGGUGACAAAGCUUUGGAAGAUUCUCAUGAUCUGAAUAUUGAGAUCACUGCGAAUUCUUCUUCAGAGGAAAACAAUGGGACAGAAACUAUUAAAGAAAGUUUUGGUGAACUUUCGAACCAUAAUUGUGAUGUGAAAUUGAAUUUGGCAUCUACCGAAGCAAAUGGUUCUCUGAUUGUAGAAAUUCCUGUUGAUGCUAAUGUUAGUGAAGUUACUGAGUCAUCAACUGCAGCAAAAACUACUGGAAAUGGAUCAUCCAUCGAGAAUCCUGCAGUGAAAUUUAAUUGUUUACACUCUGGUGAUGAAAAUAAUCUACAAUCCAAUCUUCCUUCACCUACACAUUUGCAGUUGGAAAAACCAAGUCUUUCUAGCGUUGAUGGGAGGACUGCCAGUGAUUCUAUGGAUCCUCAAAGGAGUAGAUCCCUUCCCUCAAUAAUGUCCAAUAUUGAGAAUGAUAUGGGGUGGUGGGCUCCAUUUCCUGAAAUUCGGCAUGAAUACAUGAAGGAUCUGCGGAGAGGUUACCUGCCAAAAUUAGGAUCGAUCACAAGCCAUGCUGUAGAAACUACAGCUUAUAAACUUGUUACUGAUGAGGGUGCAAGGCUGCACAUUCCCCUUGGAAGUGAUAAAUUCAUUGUCUCUGAUUAUGAAGAUGAAGCUUCUAGCAUCAUCGCUUGCGCUUUAGCAUCACUGAAGGAUUUAGCCAUUGUGUGUGAAGAAGAUAGAGGAAUUGAUGAUAAGGCAAAUGAAAGUUCUCAAGGCUUAAUGCGAUUAUUCUCACUGGCUCCUCCUCAUCUCUCUUCAAGUAGUUCUUUGAAUUUAGAAGGGAUUCAGUCUGCCCAAGUUUCAGAACAAACACGUUCAUCGAGUUUAAAUGGUUUAGAUAUGUUAAAUUCUUCGGUUUCUGUUUCUACUCUUCACCCUGAAGUCUCCAUGGGUCCUGGGAAAUUGCCUGGGAAGCGUAAAUACUCGGUUACCUGUCUCUAUGCUAGCGAAUUCUCUCAUUUGCGAGGUCGAUGUUGCCCAUCUGAAGUUGAUUAUAUUGCUUCUCUAAGUAGGUGUAGGAAGUGGGAUGCAAAAGGUGGGAAAAGUAAAUCCUUGUUUGCUAAAACUCUUGAUGACCGGUUAAUCAUCAAGGAAAUACAGAGAACAGAAUUUGACUCAUUCUUAAAGUUUGGUCCUAAUUAUUUUGAGUACAUGGAACAGUGCUACGAGAAAGGCAAUCAGACCUGCCUUGCAAAAGUUCUUGGCAUUUAUCAGGUCACUGUAAGGCCAACAAAAGGUGGGAAAGAGACGAGGCAUGAUCUCAUGGUGAUGGAGAACCUUUCAUUUGGUAGAAAUAUUACUAGGCAAUAUGAUCUAAAAGGGGCUCUUCAUGCUCGAUUUAAUUCAGCUGGCAAUACCGCAGGAGAUGUUCUUUUAGACCAAAAUUUUGUGAAUGACAUGAACAUCUCUCCUUUAUACGUUGGUACAAGAUCAAAGUGGAACUUGCAACGAGCUGUAUGGAAUGACUGUGGUUUCCUCAACUCGGUCAAUGUGAUGGACUACUCUUUACUUGUUGGAGUGGAUACUGAGCGCAGUGAACUUGUUUGUGGCAUCAUUGACUAUCUCAGGCAGUACACAUGGGACAAGCAACUUGAGAAUUGGGUCAAAUCCUCGCUUGUGGUUCCCAAGAAUCAGCUUCCUACUGUUCUCUCUCCAAGGGAGUAUAAAAAGAGAUUUAGAAAGUUUAUCGACACGCAUUUCCUAAGUGUUCCGGAAAAUUGGUGCUCUCAAAGACCUUCAAAUCCUUGCAUACUUUGUGGCACAGGAGGUACUAAUGCAUCCCCUGAGUCAGUCUCUGAAGAUGCCAAGUUUAACGGUCAUGAGGAGAACAGACAUGAGUCGUCUACUGCUCAUGGAAACCAAAAUGAUAUUUAGGCCUGGGUUCUUUUUGUUCCCCCCUUUUUGGUGGUUCAUUUGCUUACCCUAUAUAGUAUCCAGUCAUUAAUUUGUGUACAUAGCUGCUGGGGCGCUCGUCGUCCAAGCACCUAGGUAUAUAUAAAAAAAAUUAUAUAUGUACACCCCCCUCUCAUUUCUGCGAUUUUUUAUUAGCAAAUUUAUGGGGAUGGUUUCAUUCUUUUAAGGUGAUUUUAGGUUGAAUAUGUCAAGUCCAUUGUUUAAUUGUAAAAAGCUCCACAUGGAGCAGUUAACAUCUGCUCAAGCUUUUAUAGUAUUUGCUGUAAGAUGAUGAUCAUUCAUAUAGUGAUAUAAAUACAUUGACCUCUGA